UACUACUGCCUGAAUCAGUCUUGUUUUCAUGGAAUUAACUUUUGUUGGAACAUCAUCUCGCUUUAACACUUGCUACACGGUGGGAAUAACAUGACUGGAGUGGGAGGUUGAAUGACGAUGUUGUGGUGAGUGGCUAGUCCGUCACGCUGAGCCUGCGUUGCCAUGGACGCCUGUGCCCGUAUCCAAGGAGUUCCUCUCAGGACCAGAGCCUCCAGGAAAGAGGCGGUGCGUGACGGCGGGACUCCGUGUAUGAAGAGCCUUCUGAGCAGCAGAAAGGAGCUGUGCAGCGUGGGAUUGGAGCUGCAGACCAGAGACACUCCAUGCCUGACUGAGAUCCAUUUUGUGUGUUUGCCUGGCCACUCUGAAGGGGAGGAUCUAACUCUACAGGCCCUUUCUUCUCUCCCGGGGGACCUGGCGGAGCUGCUGAGGUCUCUCCACGUCACCAGCCUGAGAAACGAAGAGGUGCUGCUACUGAAGGACAGCAGGAGAUCAGCCGACAGGAGGGACUCUUCUACUCAGCAGCAGUGCUGGCUGAAGGCGGUGUGUGUUCUGAGACCCAGCCCCAGCCAGGCCAUUGUUGGUGUGCUGGUGGGCCUUCUGGGGCGUUACGCUGCGGGGGUCCGCUAUGCCCUGGAGCUCCAGGCCCUCCACAAGGGCACGGCUGAGUCCUGCCAGCCCGAGGACGAUAACACCAACCAGUCUGUGUCGUCCAUCGAAGACGACUUUGUCACCGCUCUGGAACACCUGGAGGAGGAAGACGACAACUCCAAUGGCUCUUAUCUCCAUGGAAACCAGCGUGAUGUGGCCUCCCAGACUGUCCCCGCCCACAAGAGAAACAAGGAUCUAUCAGGUUCCAGGAUCAUAAUCAGCUCUGCCCCCAGGAAGUCCUUAACCAAUCGCAGGUCUCCCCCAGAGGUGUCCAUUACCGUACAGCACUCCAGAGGAGCAGAGUCCCAGUGGACCCUCUACAGCCCAAGAUCCCAGCUCCCCUCCCCCACGCGACCUGUCAGCGAAUCAGAGGAAUCGGAUGGCUCAAGCCCUAGUCCAAUCAUCUUUCUAGAUGAGGUUGGCUACCAGAAGAGUCUCAAAGCGACACUGGACAUCCCUCAGAUCCCCGGGGGACCAACAGACAGGGUGGAGGACUCUGACUCUGAGGUCAGCGAGUUCUUCGACAGCUUUGACCAGUUUGAUGAUCUAGACGAACUGAGCUCAGAGAGCUGUACACUCACUCUGCCUCUAGACCCGACAUCUUCCAUUUCUCCCACUGGCCUAGACCAGAAGAAGAAGUACUCUGAGGCUGGUACUGGCAAGUCGGGGUCCAAUAAAGUGUCCCGAAGCUGUUCCACUAUGAACCCCCACCGGUUCGACCAGCGCACCCUACCGGCCAAUGUGAAGAAACCCACCCCGCUCAGAAGCCCCCUUCCCCCUGGCUCUCCCUUCGGAUCCCCUGACUCCCCCCGGCCGGCCCGGACCUCCUGUGAGGAGAGUGGAGGUCUUCUCUUCAGCCCUGUCAGCUCCUCAGCCUUCAGCCCUUUGGGAGACGGAGGAGCUCUGGAUUUCUUCUGGAAGACCGAGGGAGAGGUAGGAGACGUGUCAGAGCUACGGAAACCCCAGGACCUUUGUACCCUCUACAAAACCUACUCAGACUUUGCCAGCAGUUUGUCCAAGGAGAUCCUGGGCUCCGUGUGUGGAUACCAGUCUCCCGUGGACCUCAACGACAACAAGAACCUGAGCUGUGUCUGUCACAAGGAGUUCCAGAACCAGUCUGGACACGUCAUGAAGCUGUCUGAGAUCCAGGAGACGGUGACUGUCUCCAAGCUGCAGCAGAAGCCCCAGUCUCUGAAGGACGGCAUCCAGAGGUUUGCUACAGACUUGGUAGAGAUGAGUCUGGGCAGCGCUCUGAGAGACCUGCAGAAGGGAAUGUCCUCCUGCACCACCACGCUCUGCCACCUGGCCGCCAGACUCACCUCGUCUGUCUUCCAGAUGGCCUUCCAGGAAAUCGGCAUGCGCCACGCCUACGUCCUGAAGGAACGGGCCAUCAACGGGCUGGCUGGGUUCCUGGUGGGAGAGGCGGUGUCAGGGGCUCUGAAAGACUUCCUGAUGGUAAAGAAGCAGAUGUUCAACAGCACGGUGACACAGUUUGCCGCUGACCUGGCAGAGGAGCUGGUGUUUGAGGGGAUGAUGGAAGUGUGUCAGUUCUCCCAUCCCUCCACCCCCCUCACCCCCAGCGAUUGGUCCUUCGGGGUGGGGGAGGACGACGAUGAGGAAGUGGUGUCUUCCUAUGCCUCGGACCUCUCAGAGUCUGUCCUCCAGGAGGCCUUCAUAGAACUGUCCCAGGCUGAUGUUGCCUUCAGUACCCAGGCAGCCAUCAGUGUCUCUGUGAACAACAUCUGCUAUGUCAGCGCUGUCGACACACAAACCACCUGCAGUACCGCCGCAGGCCACCAGGCUUUCCACGUUAACCCAGCCGAGGAAGGCCCAGGUCCAUCAGGCGAAGAUGGCUGUACGGUGAAGAAGGCGCUGUUCUGUGUGUCUGGAAUGGCCAGCUGUGUACCGGUCCCCCAGGCAGGCCAGGCCAUCUCCCACCUCCACGACUCAGAGGAGAUCUGCCAGUGUAAGACCAGCCUGGCUCAGACCAGCCCCAAGAGGAGCUGCAGCUCAGAGAACAGAGUGGUAACCACAACCUCCUCUGAUGCUACUGCUGCCACACAAACUGACCUGCUGUCAAAGACCCGCUUUCACAACUUCUCUGGCAACAUGGUGGAUAUGAUAGUGAGUGAAGCAUGUGAACUGAUGACUGCCACGAAGAUGAAGAAGAAGGUGGAGGACUGUGCUGACUUCCUUUCUAAGACCAUAGUGGGUCGGGGACCUCCAUCCGGACAGGAGGGUAGUGUCACUGACCAGACCUCCCUCUACUCUCUCCACCCUCCCUUUCAGACCCCAGGAGGAGUGAACUCUGAGUCAGGCUCCAAGGCCAGCAGAGCAGUUGCUGAGACCCUGCCUGUGAUGAUGAACACUCUAGAGGUGCCAGGUUUGGAGAUUGGAGGCUGGGGAGGCAGGAAGAUGACCACCUGCGAGGAGAUGGUUCCCAUUCCUGGUCACAACUCCAACAGGACCCCUGGUACACCCCCCUCGACCCCCCAGCAGCCCAGCGAGGUGUCCCAGGAGAAACAGAUCAAGCAGUUCUCCAAGAAGCUAAAAGAGAAGCUGGCCAAGGAGUUCUCCACCGCCACCCCUCCUCCCACCCCACACUACCAGCCAGGGCCCGGGCCCAAAGAAUUCACGUCUGAGACAGACAAGGCUGACUUCAUGCUCAAACUGAUGAGGUCUCUGUCUGAGGAGGCAGAUGGGAACGAGGAGGAGGAGGAGGAGGAAGAAGAAGAGGGUGGAGUAGAAGGGGUUAACUCUGUAACUGAGACAGGAAGCCGCAUGCAGCCAGAGCUCAACUUCUUGGAUGGAGGACACAAGAUGGCCGACAAGGGAGCCCUCCAUUACGCAGAGCGCCUGGCGUGCCACAUCGUCUCCAUGGCGACAGAGAUAGACACCCUGGGAGGAGUGGAGGAUGGAGGUAGAAGGACGGUGGAGGGCAGGGAGGAGAGGAGAGACAGCAUGGCCCAGUUCUCAGCGCAGACCCUGAACACGCUGUGGAUAUACGCUGGCGAGGUGGCGGGAGAGGUGAUCAGCGACGUGAAGAGGAUAAUGUGGUCAGGACAGUGUCGCCACAGUGCGCUCACACAAGGCAGCCAGGAGCAGUUGGGAGAAUGCCCUCACCACCACCAACCCCAGCCCAGUGAACACAGCAGGGACUGCAGGGUGGGUCGUCUGGCUGAACUGUGGUCCAGUGACCUCUCGUCUGUCCUCCACCCAUCCACCUCUACCCCCAGCUCUGGCCUAUCCUCUGACUACCCCAGCUGUGAGAGUGUGACAGAUGAGUACGCUGGCUACCUCAUCAGGGUGCUAAAGAAAGAGGGAGGCAGCAGGGAGCUGGUCCUGGAUCAGUAUGCCAGCCGUCUGGCCUACCGCUCCAUCAAACUGGGCCUGGCCCAUGCUGCCCGCAACAUGAAGAAGAGACCCUCCAGGCACCACUCCUCCAGGAGGCUCCAGCAGAAUGGCUGCAGGGGACCCAAUGCCGAGCCAUUCGUACCCAGGGACGAAGCAGGGAGAGUGGGAUCUCCUUCCAGAGACGUUGAUGAUGGGAGCCAGAGGGAGUACAUGGAGCUGGUGAACUUCGCAGAGUCGUUGGCGUGCAACAUCACCUGUGACGUCACACGCAAGCUCUGUGUGCCGUCGGUCCGACUACCCAAGUCCCGGACUGACUCGUGUCUGUAUAAGAAGUCCAAGCUGGAGGACAUGGCAGAGCGCCUGAUCAGGAACUCCUUCUCAUGCCCCCUGCUGUACAAGGAGGGGAAUAGCAGGCAGUACCACAGCACAGGCAGCCUGUACGACGGUGGCUACAGCAGUGGAGUCAUGGAGGUCCUGGAACACUAUGCCAGGAACAUAGUGGACGACACGUUGGAGAUGGGCCUGGCCUCGGCAGGAAGCCCAGCCCUGCAGGGUCCAUACAGACACCUCCACUCUGAGAGGCGAGCAGUGGGCUCUGCACUAGGGGAAACAACCUGCCGAUACUGCCAGGUCAGGGAGUGUCUGUUCUGCUCACGGCCCAACAGGCAGCACCUCCUCGGGGGAGGAGCAGGCCAGAGGAGGAGGCUGGAAGGGGAUGUGGGGGUGUGCGGCAUGGAGAUCCCUGAGAUCCACAUCAAUCUGGACCGCAGGGCCGUGUUCGCAGAGGAGAUGGUCACUACGGCGAUGGAGGGGGCCAAGCGCGAGCUGAGCAACACCAGCCUGAACGCCGACAGCGGUAUCGGACACGACGGGUACAGCUUCGCCGAGAGCCUGACCGCCGAGAUCAUGACAUCAGCACUAUCCAACACACGCCAGACCACCAACCUCAGUAGUUUCCCAGGCAGGGAGGCCACAGAGUCCUCUGUGUCCCAGCAGCUCAGUCUGAGUGUGGGAGAUGACAGCCUGGGCAGCUGGUCCCGCCUCAGCUUCGAGGACGAACACCCUGACGAGACCAGCAGCUUCCUGCACCUCAGUGACAGCAAUGGGAACAGCAGUAGUUGGAGCAGCCUGGGGUUAGAGGGAGAGGUGUAUGAAGACCGCCUGUCCUUCUCUCCCUCUGACAGCGAAGGCACUGAGGACAAGGAGCUCGAGACCAAGGAUGAAUCAUGCGGUUCAGUGCGUAUGGGCCAGGCUCAGGCUUACAUGCACCUCCUGGUGGUAAAUUCUGAGCUCAGGGAGAUGACUCCUGACCCACAGCACAUGACCUUUGACCUCCAGCUCAGGAGCAUGCUGCAGUGGGCGGCGGCCUCCAUGGCUGACUUGCCCAUGGUUCAGCUGAGUCCUAGUGGCAGCAGGGAGCUGCAGCAGCUGCCUGCGGUGGUCCAGAGGCUGAAGGAGAGGGAGUGGAAGGUGGGAGAGCUGCUCCAAGCCCUGCUGCAUUACUGUGAGGAGACCCAAACACACACCCCACCCCAGUCUGAACCCAGAGAAGCGGGGAGAGCAUCCCACCACACUCCCCUCUUCCAGUGGCUCCUGGAGCACGCUUAGGCUCACUGCACCUCUCCUACCUCCCCUCCCUCCUUACCUCUCCCCAACACUACUUACUGUACAGUAUAUCUGUGAAGCCUGCUACAUAGUGAGCACUACCUGUUAAACUAAACCCUAUGAAGAUUCCCAUCACUUCUCAGUGAUGUGCAGCGUACCUGCCAAACCCCAAACCCCCAAUCUAGCCUCCUCGUACCGUGGAUCCUGUCCCUUAUAGGGCUGUACCCCCAUCGUUACCCGGAGGGCGCUAUUAAAAACAGCAAUUCUUAUUAUUGUGUGCGUGUGUGGGCAUAUUGCAUACCGUAACUGAAAGCAAUUGUGUAUUUUCUUUUCUCUUCUCUGGUUUUGUUGUGGUUGUUUUUAAAGGGAUUCUUCUGGAUUUUCUAUUCCCUCCGUCAGAUGAACACCCGGAUAGCGUUGGCGCAAUGACUGGGAGUCUAUGGUAUCUACUAGCAUGCCAGCAGUUACCCAUAGACAUCCACUCAUUGCACUAACACUAGUUAGCAUCUUUCAAACUGCACGCAGAGGCAUAUCUGGUAUCCAUUGGUUUAUUUGACUCUUCAUUGCCAAUAAUAUUGGUCUGUAUAUCACAGGUUGAUUAGUGUGCUGUCGUUGACGACUGGCUUUGUUAAAGCGUUCCUACCCUGGUGCUACAGAGUAACUUUAACCUCUGUUACAGGGGAGGGUGAGAGAGUAACUUUAACCUCUGUUACAGGGGAGGGUGAGAGAGUAACUUUAACCUCUGUUACAGGGGAGGGUGAGAGAGUAACUUUAACCUCUGUUACAGGGGAGGGCGAGAGAGUAACUUUAACCUCUGUUACAGGGGAGGGCGAGAGAGUAACUUUAACCUCUGUUA